AUGUCUGCAUUCGUCUUUUAGCUGCCUGACGUGUUCAUCGGGACGCACUGAGGCCUUUUUCUGGUUUUCUGGAGACUUUUAAACCCCCCAAAGUCCUGCAGGAGCCACAGAAAGACAGUUUUCAUCACUGCAAGAGGAAUAAAAGCCACCGUGAGGCUUUUAAAUACCAACGUAACCAACGUCACCCAGAGAGGAUGGAGCAGGACGUCUGAUUCACCGGGUUGUGGAUCAGCUGUUGGACCUGAUGGCAGAAGCAAACGGGGACAUCAUGGCUCCAGGUGACCUUCCCAGUGACUCCAGUUUAACCACUAAGGAGCUACAGCAGAACUGGAGGGAGGUGAAGAGGAACGAUCGACCCGUCAGGCUGCUGUUUGUAAUCCCAUCGAGUCGCAUUGUUGAGCACGCGCUGAGCAAAUAUGUGGUCUACCAGGUGGUGGUGAUGCGCUCCGGCAGCUUCGACUCCCGCCGGGUGUCGGUGGAGCGCCGCUACAGCGACUUCUUGUCCUUCCACCACAAGCUGCUGCAGGAGUUCGGUGAGGAGCUGGAGGAGGUGGUUCUGCCCCGCAAGCUGCUGACGGGCAACUUCAGCCCCGACAACAUCCAGGAGCGACGCCUGGCGCUGCAGGACUACCUGGCCAAGCUGUUCGCCGCCCGCUGCGUCCGGUACUCGCACCACCUGGCCGCCUUCUUCACCGAGCAGGAGCAGCGGCGAGGCCACAGUCUGAUCCGGGCCGGCCAGUUCAGGGCGGCCGUGGAGCAGCUGCAGACGGUGCUGGAGAUCCAGGAGAAGCUGCUGCCGUGGCAGAAGCCCACCCUGGUGGUGACCACGCUGUCCGCCCUCGCCGUGUGCCACCGCGACCUGGACGAGCCGGAGCAGGCGUUCGGCAGCGCCCACAGAGCCCUGCCGCCGGUCCGCCGCUACGGACUGAAGCACCACCGGGCGGCGCUGCUGGAGCUGCUGGUGGAUGUGGGCUACCAGCUGGGCCGGCCGGUGGCCCAGCUGCAGGAGGAGCUGAGCGGCCUGAGGGACGCCGAGAGGGGCGAGGCCUACUGCCGGUCCCUGAAGGAGCUGGUGAUCCACGAGUUCCUGUGAGGACCCUGAAGACAGGAACAGGUCUUCAUCUGGAUGGACUUCAUCAACACUUUACUGCUGAUUUACGGAUUUUCCCGCUUUUGUUAAACUACAGAUAAUAACUAUUAAAAUAACAGUAAAACUAUUGAGCUUGUAUUCUGUAAAUCUGCAAAAAUAUGGUUGUUUUAGAAACACUAGAAAAUGAAGGACUGAAGAAUGAUCAAUACAUUUUUAACUGUUGUCUGUUUUGUUAAAUCACUGAUUAAAACUGAUAAAAUGACAGAAAGA